UCAGAAGUAACAAUUUUAAAGUAUUUCAUUUCUUCAUCUUUGAAAGACAGUGAAAUAAAAACAUCAAAACAUCUUUCUUGUGAAAACCUUUUUUUAUAUUUUCUGAAAAUGUCAUAAAUUCAUCUAAUUGAAAGCAAAUUGGGGUCACUACUGGAAAGGCCACUUAAUGUGUUUUCUUUUACCCAAGUAAGUAAUAUCCAGAGCUAAAAUACCAACAUCUGUUGUACCUUAAACAGUUUUCUAACCCUCGUUGGUAUCGCCACAAUACAUUCAAAUAAACAAUGAAGUGCUAACAGUAGGCUCUGAUUGUAUCUGACGACCAUUGUUCUGUGGGAUAAUCGUCUCUGUCCUGUAGAUAAACCUGUCAGACAGACGGCCUGCUGUGUGUGUGUGUUGUCUGUAGGAGGACCUAAAAGCACAGCCUGUGCACUGUACACUAUAGAACCCCCAAAAAAAAAAAAAAUUCUUUUGAGGGUUCUGUGGGGUAGCUUGACGUUUCAUAGAGGGUGCUCAAACAUUUAGGGUUUCCCAUUAAUGUCCCGGGCGCUGCAGUGGAAUACGCACACAUGGGGGGUGGACCUAACAUCGGGAGCAUGCUCCCCCGGGAAGAUUUUUUUUUAAUAUUGAAGUUAAAUGCAUCAAUCUGGUGCACUUCGAGAGCAAAAUGAAGAGAUCGAUGGAUACAUCUCUCAACACCCAUAUGAAACAACUGUACACAGAUUUACUAUUUCUUCAUGGAUAUUUUACAAAUCACUCUCCUUUUAAACUGUAUUCUUGUUUUACUGUCAUAUUAUAUUUCAUACCUGUUUUUCAUUUAUGCUCUUUAUUUUUAUACCUAUAAUGAUCAUAUAAACGUGUGCCUCGGAAAUAGUUAUUUACAUUAAUCGUGACCAAACCGUUUGAGACCCACUGAGAUAACUUAGACUAAAGUUAACUAUCUAAACACUAAACAUCUAAAGUAUUUUACUUCACCUGAGCUGAGGUUAUCUGAGCCUCUCAUGUCUGUCUGACAGGAGAGAGUUCUCCCUCCACCUUGUUGUUGAAAAAGCUCCUUAUAUCCGUUAGCAUAGCUAGCUAGCACCAGAUGGUAACCACAACGAUCUCCGGCACCAGGCACGCUCUCUCUCUCUCGCUCGCGCACACAAAAUGGCUCGUGCCACACACACACAGAGCAGAGCUUGAAUGAAACGGAGACCCAGAAGUACGCUACUUGUUCUGUACUGUAGCAUAUUAUUUUCAAAUCAAUCAUUUUUCAAAUUAUGAAUUUUACACACAAAAGAAAAAGACACAUACAUUUCUUGGGGGUGCUAUGGCUAUCCUGGGGGGUGCUUCAACUAAUCAAGUUUUUUCUUUUUAUGUAUUUGAGAAAUGGGAAGUUCCUGCUUUUCAUAUUCUAGUGUACAGUUAAAUGUCUCAAUAUUAGUGUAGACAAGCCCGUUAUAUAACAUAUUUCUUUAUCUGUGUUUAUAAGACGCUAACUUUACUAUUUAUGUGUGUAUGUAUUCAUCUGAAUAAGUGUGAAAAGCAGAUAUUUUUCUAUCCUUUUUAGACUUUUCUUUUGGAUAAUAAAAGUUGUUCUCAUUUAUUUGUAAGUGCGCUGACACACUGUUGCCUCUCUGUGCCGGUGGGUAUCAAAGUGUCGGGUUUAUUUGGGCAUCUCAGAUUUACCACAGCUCACAAGGUGCUGGGACCAGCCUGGGGACGAACUGUUAAUCUGCAUCUUCUUAAAGCGGUACGUGGCUCAACAUGAUUGCUUUUGGCCUUUUUAGUAUUCUUUUAAUCUCUUUGCAUCUCUGUACUUGGAGUCUAUAUUUGUUAGCAUUUUGGCAAACUGGUGCUAUGAAUAGUUUGUUAAAUUAGCUGCUACUGUCUGUUGGUGCACGGACAACUACUGGAUUAUUUAAAACAAGUUGUAGCGUCUCGGUUCCUACUUUUAUAAAUAGAUUAUUUGAUGUUUAUUUAUGAAGAACCCCAGAGAUAAUGAUUUAAACUGAAUAAUUGUACUGUGUUUAAUGUCAAAGACUGUUUUUGAGAGAUUUGAUCUGAUAUUUGACUGAGUAUUAUUUUUGACUCAAGUUCAUUUCACACACAUUCCUCCAAAUAAAGUCAGAAUUAUUUGAUAAUAUGCUCCACGUUCCUCCUCUGUAUAUCUCCUGUUUAUCUACCAUAUAUCUACAGUUUACGAUGCUGUAUGGAGGCAUCGCUGGUGUUCAGACUCCAUGAGCGAGGUCCAGAGGUUGUGAGGGAGGUGCUCUUGGAGCGAGGAUGGGAGGAAUAUGAUGAGGAGGAACGGGAGGAAGAGGACUGGAACUUGUACUGGAGAGGAUCUGCGUUUCGCAACUCAGAAUAUCUCAACCUAAUGCCAUGGCAGCGCCUCAACCACCAUCCCAAGACUGUCGGCAUCACACGCAAGGACUGUUUGGCACGCAACCUGAGGAGAAUGAGAACCACGUUCGGUUCGUCUCUCUACGACUUCAGUCCCACCGCCUUCAUCCUGCCCAACGACUACACUCGCUUCCUGUCUGAGUACAACAAAGUGACCAGAGGACCGUCGGCCUAUUGGAUCUGUAAGCCUGUGGAUCUCUCCAGAGGCCGAGGCAUCUUCAUCUUCGAGGAUAUGAGGGAGUUAGUCUACGACUGCCCAGUGAUCGUACAGCGCUACAUCAGUAACCCUCUGCUCAUCUCCGGCUACAAGUUCGACCUGAGGAUCUACGUCUGUGUGAAGAGCUUCCAUCCACUCACGGUUUACAUUCACCAGGAAGGUCUGGUGCGCUUUGCCACCGAGAAGUACAACCUGUCAUCUCUGCACAACCUGUACGCUCAUCUCACCAACACCAGCAUCAAUAAGUUCAGCCUCUUCUACAAGUCGGAGAAGGAGAGAGUGGGCCGAGGCUGCAAGUGGACCAUGAGCAAGUUCAGGCACUUCCUCCAGAGCCAAGACAUCAACGAGCUCCUUUUGUGGCAGAGGAUCAAUAACAUCGUGACUCUGACGCUCCUCACCAUCGCUCCCACCGUCCCUUCCUGUCCGAACUGCGUGGAGCUGUUGGGGUUCGACAUCCUGCUCGAUGCAGAGUUCAAACCGUGGCUUCUGGAGGUGAACGACAGCCCCGCGCUGACUCUGGACUGCCAAGCUGAUAUCACGGUGAAGAGAGGGCUCAUUAGCGAUCUGAUUGAUUUGAUGAAUUAUACAUUGACUGACAGCUUGAGAGAGAGGGCGUUUCAGAGACAAGGGUACAACAAACCUUGUAUCCAUGCUCAACAUGCAUCACCUGUUUCAAUACCUGUGCUUAAAGAAACCAAAUAUCAGAAGCGAAGAAACCAAUCUUUACAGACUCUCCCUAAGAUAAAAACUCAUCACCACCCUGAAAAAAUCAACCAAAGACAACAUGCUUUUGCAGCGGUUUACCAAAGACACCUUCCCCCUGUUCACCUAAACAAGAAGUAUGCAUCCAAAGUAGAGGCAGCCAACAAAUCCGACACCGAUGACAGGACCUUAAACCUGAUCCUCGGCCCACAGUCGAGAACAGACGUGUCAGUGGUGAACAGACAGACGUGGCCAGAUCGUGCCCCGUGGCUGACAGACAACAGGAGUCUUCGUGUGUCUGAGGUUACAAACUACGACGACACUGAAACAGAAGCCGAGGCGCACGUUUCCUUUUCGUUAGCAGAGAUCCCACACAGGGGGCUUGGAUUCAGACGUGAAAAGCUCCCGGACAUUUACAGGUUUCACAGUGGGAUUCGGAGAGUAAGAAAAGAGAGGACGGCAGCACUGAACCGACAACACGUUCCUCCACUCAGAGUCGGAGACUUUAUCCGGACGUUCCCGUUCAACGCAGCCACUCUGAAGGCCUCGCAGCACACACUGGAUGUUAAAAAAGUUAUUCAUGAGCUGCACAAGCUCACUGCUCAGCUGGCUUCAAGAAAGAAGUUGAAGAGACGAGAGGAGGAGGAGAGAGAUGGUGAAGAAGACUUUGAUUCUCUGUUGUGGGGGCCGAAGGAUCCUCCAUUGCUCGGUCAUUGUGUUAAACCCUUUUAGAGGUGCAUUUCUUUCUUUCAGACUCUGAUGCAAAGCUUGAUUCCUUACUUUCUAAAAAAGGGAAAUGCAAACAUCACUUUUCCGGGGAAGAAUGGUUUGGGAAUUCUGCUAACAGCUGUUCAAAGUAAUGAAUUGUACAUCACUUGUACACACACAUGAUAUUAAUUAAAUAUGAUUAUUUGUAUGAAAUAUGUUC